AUGACAUGGACGCAAAGCCCUGCUACUGACACAAGUCUGCUGGGACGUACAAUCACGGCGCUCAUCACUGCUUUCCACUCCUCGCCGGCACCAUUCGUGGGCACGAAGCUUGAAUCUCUUGUCAAGAAGAUGAGCAUAGAUGCUAUCUCAAGAAUCAUUACCAAAGGUAUCCAAGAUGCAGGAGUCAGUGGCGUUCUGGAAGAGCCGAACCUCGGAAGCCAGAGACUUCUCGAUACCGCCACUCACACAAUCGACGACAAUUAUGAACGAGGUAUUGGUGGUGUUUACAUCAGAGUGCAUGAUUCGAACAAUACAAUAUCCUAUUGGAAGAAACAGACGCAAUACCUCUAUGUCGGCAAGACUGUGGACUUCCGUGAACGUUGGUCCAAUCACCGAUAUACGGCGACAAAGUAUGGUGAACUCACCCGGAACUCGGAACGCCUGGGCAUGUGUGCAGUCUGCAUCAUUGCAGAUCAGUACAUUGAGAAUUUCGCAUAUCUGGUCGAGCAGAUAUUCGUGUGUCUUUUCGGCUCAUACCGUCGUUUUCUCUUGUCCGACAAAGUAAACAAAGGGAACGCCUCUUCUUGUCUUGCCGCCAUGGAGCAUGCCAACUACUUCUCUGAGGUCGCUCGGCUCGUGUUUGAGCAGACUGGAUGGCGCCGGAUUCUUAGCCGGGCACAAUUCGAUGGGGUUGAGGGGGCGAACUUCGAAUCACCUCUACAAGAGUGGACAGUUUCUCCGGAACACCUCCUAUUGAUUCGCACCGAUACGAGGAUCAAAUAUCAGCGGACUGGAUGCUCGACUCCCAUGGCAUUCUUUCGCAGCGCCAAAGCGAAGGUGUCAAAUCACAACAACAAACCUCACACCAAUGGAACGACCCAACGCACUUGGCCUCUUUGGUCCAAGAAAAAGACCAGCGGCGGUGUUGCAAAGAAAGCCGUCGUGUUUUCCAUCACGGACGACGGUAGAGAUGGUACAAAGAUACCGCUUACUGGCGUUCCGUACUACCUUGUGGUUGAGGUUUGCAAGGAUGGAAGUCCUCAUCCCAAUGCAUGGUCACGCCUUUCGGAGGUAGGUCCAUUCGAGAACUGGGAUCAAGCACGCUCUUUCGCAGUCCGGAUCGAAUGGAAAUUUCCCCAAGGUUCUGGUAAAUGGAGAUACCGAUACGUCCAUACUUUCUGGACGUUCAGAUAUGCAGACACCAAACAGCCUGGGGCAUUGCAGGCCUACGCCAAAGCUAUCGCCUUCCUGCAGUGGCUUUUCAAUGCGCCUCCGAACCAUUCCUAUGACUGGAUACCCUGUUUGAGGAGUGAUGUCUAUGUUCUUCAGGUCUAUUAUGACCUACACAAGCAGACGAUUUCAAUCUAG